AUGAAGGUUCCGUGGCCAGCAGCCUUCGAGGGUGGGGAUGUGCGGAUGUUCCUGGAGGAGUUCGAGGAUGUGGCGGAGUUGGCCGGAAUACCGACGGAUCGCGGCAAGUUGACGGCCCUCCGAGCGCUCCUCAAGGGCCGUGCGCGGACAGUGUUGAACGCGGUACGAAGAGACCCGGAUAAAAUGGAGUGUCACUAA